AUGGCGUUGGAGAAGUCGAGCUCAAAGUACAGAACACAGUUUUGGUACGUGGCAAUGGUCUCUUUCCUCCUCUGGCUUGUCUUGCUUUACCUUUUCAGUUCCUCCGCAACAACCGUUCAUACCCACGAUAGAUUUUUCCGACAAGAAAAACUCAUUGAUCUCCCCAUCAAAGCCCCACAACACGACCAAGAAUCUGAUCAGACUGUUCUCCCGGCCGUUGACGUCCCACAACACGACCAAGAAUCCGAUCAGGCUGUUGUCUCUGAUGCAGAUAACAACACUCUUCCUGUUACGAGCAAUGAUACGUCUCAGGAGGUUCAGAUUUCGGAAGAUGCCAAGGUUGUUACUGAUCUCGUUGAGGAGCUCGAGAAAGAAAAAGUGGAGGACGAGAAGAAGAGAGGCGACUCGGGUUUGAGUGGUCGGGCCAGGAGAGGAAAUCGCGAACCAAGAAAGGCUAGACCUUCGAGUAGAUUGGAACCAGAGAAGAAAAGGGUUCACCCUAAUGAAAAUGAAGAGAGGACCGUGGUUAAUAGUGAUGAAAAUCAUCAAUCAAACGACAAAGAAUCAAACGUUGUCGAGCCUAAGAAUGACGUGGAAUCCAAGAAAGAGCAAGUUAAUGAUCUUGAAAGUGAUAACACUUCUGAAAAGGAUGACGUGGAAACCAAGAAAGAGCGAGUAGGUAAUGAAAUGGCGAAUAAGUUGUCCGAUAAUGAACUCAAAAGUGAUAACACUUCUGAAACAGUGUCCGAACCAAAAACUCAGAGACACGUCGCAUCGAAUAAGACAGUUACCAAGGCCAAGAACAGAGUAACCCCAAGGAAAAACCGACCUAAAGUUAUGGUACGGCCAAGAGCAACGCGACGUAACGAUCCAUGUCGAGGCAAAUACGUUUACAUGCACGAUAUUCCAUCUUUAUUCAACGACGAGCUUCUCAAAAACUGUUGGACAUUGAGUAGGUGGACUGAUAUGUGCGAGUUAACAUCGAACUUCGGUUUAGGCCCUCGUCUACCAAAUAUGGAGGGAGUUUCUGGAUGGUUUGCUACAAACCAAUUCACAUUAGAGGUUAUAUUCCAUAACAGGAUGAAGCAGUACAAGUGCUUGACCAAAGACUCUUCUCUGGCUUCCGCGGUGUAUGUUCCUUACUAUCCAGGUUUAGAUUUGAUGAGGUUUUUGUGGGGACCGUUCCCUUUCAUGAGAGAUGCGGCGGCACUUGAUCUGAUGAAGUGGCUUAGAGAGAGUUCAGAGUGGAAAAGAAUGGACGGUCGAGAUCAUUUCAUGGUGGCUGGUCGUACCACUUGGGACUUUAUGCGUACACCAGAGAAUGAAUCUGAUUGGGGCAACAGGUUAAUGAUCUUACCGGAAAUAAGAAACAUGACGAUGUUACUAAUCGAAUCAAGCCCAUGGAACUACCACGGCUUCGCGGUUCCGUAUCCAACCUACUUCCACCCUUCAACCAACGCAGAGAUCCUCCAAUGGCAGUUCAGAAUGAGAAGAAUCAAACGUCGUUACCUAUUCUCCUUCGUUGGUGCGCCACGUCCAAACCUAGGUGACAGCAUCAGAACCGAGAUCAUGGACCAAUGCAAAGCCUCCAGAAGAAAAUGCAAGCUUCUUGAAUGCGUUUCAGGUUCUCAAAAAUGUUACAAACCCGACCAGAUCAUGAAGUUCUUCUUGAGCUCAACGUUCUGUCUCCAACCACCUGGUGACUCCUACACUCGACGUUCCACUUUUGAUUCGAUAUUAGCCGGUUGUAUACCGGUUUUCUUCCAUCCGGGGUCAGCUUACGCGCAGUACAUUUGGCAUUUACCGAAAGAUAUCGGUAAAUAUUCUGUUUUUAUACCGGAGAAGAGUGUUAAAGAAGGUAAAGCGAGUAUAGAGAAGGUUUUGAGUAGGAUUUCGAGGGGGAAAGUUGUGGCGAUGAGAGAAGAAGUGAUAAGGUUGAUACCAAGGUUAAUGUAUUUUAACCCUUCGGGUAAGAGAGGAGAUGCUGGGAGGUUUGAAGAUGCGUUUGAUGUGGCUGUGGAUGGAGUGUUGCAGAGAGUGGAAGGGUUGAGGAAGAGGAUUGAGGAAGGGAAUGAAGAGAUUUUUGAGUUUCCGGAGCAGUAUUCUUGGAAGUAUAAUGUGUUUGGGAAUGUUGAGAAGCAUGAGUGGGAUUCUUACUUUGAUAGGCAUUGA